AUGUGUCAACACGGCAGGCCGCAAGCCUCUUCCAAGUCGCCCGACUAUCCUACGCACUCCAGUUCGGAGCCUCGUCCUGUUCGAGCCGGUCUCAUCCGCUCCGUUCAUGAGCGUCGACUCGACGAGUUCGUCGGAGGCCAGUUCGGCGACUACAACCUCGCCUCGGUCCUUUUUGAGGCUCGCACCGAUGACCCCAAGUACGUCUCGAUCCAGAGCUGGACCCCCAAGGCUGGCGCUAAGCCCACCUUUGACGAAGCCAAGCGCCAGACCUAUGUCAAGGCAGACAAGAGCAUCAAGUUCGGUCCUUCGUGGACCAACCACUGGCUCAAGCUCAAGCUGACAGUGCCCAAGGAGUGGAUCAAGAAGGAAUGGGUUCAGCUCGAGUUCGAUCCCGGCUGCGAGGCUCUGAUCUACUCUGAGGAUGGACUGCCCCUUCAGGGCAUCACCGGCGGUGACGACAAGCGACGAGUCGAUUUCCCGCUCAAGUCCGAGUAUCGCCACGGCAUCACCUUCUACAUCGAAGUCACCGCCAACGGCAUGUUCGGUAUGCCAGCCGACGGCACAGGCGAUCCCGAUCCCAACCGCUACUUCAACCUCGACUCCUGCGAUAUCGUCGUCAAGCGUCCUGAAGCAUUCAAGCUCAUGUGGGACUUUGAACACCUUGUCGGCUGCGUCAAGAAUCUGCCCAAGGACACUGAGCUGCAGAAUCGCGCCCUAUGGGUGGCCAACCAGAUCCAGAACACCUUCCGCAAAGGUGACCUUGACAGCAUCACAAAGUGCCGAAAGCUCGCCCAAGAGAUCCUCGGCAAGGACUGGGACGACAACACCGACGACAUCUACGACCGUGAUGUAGUCGAAGGCAGGGAAGACGUUCGAAUCUGGAGUCUCGGACACAGUCACAUUGACAGUGCUUGGCUUUGGCCCUACUCGGCGACGCAGCAGAAGGUCGCUCGUUCGUGGGCCACCCAGAUCGACCUCAUGGACCGCUUUCCCGAACACCGCUUCACUGCCUCCACUGCACAGCAAUACCAAUGGCUCGAGACGCUCUACCCAAAGCUGUUCGACAAGCUCAAGGGAUACGUCAAGGACGGCCGCUUCCAGCCCAUCGGUGGUUCCUGGGUCGAGUGCGAUGCCAACAUGCCUUCAGGUGAGGCCUUCGCCCGUCAGUUCCUCUACGGUCAGCGCUACUUCCUCUCUCGCUUCGGCAAGCGAUGCGACAUCUUCUGGCUCCCGGACACGUUUGGCUACAAUGCUCAGAUCCCUCAACUCGCCCGUCAGUCCGGUUGCGAUUACUUCUUCACACAGAAGCUCAGCUGGAAUAACAUCAACCGCUUCCCGCACAACACGCUCAUGUGGGGCGGCCUGGACGGCACUCAGAUAAUCGUCCACAUGACCCCAGUCAACAACUACGAUUCCCGAGGCUACGUCGAGGAGAUCGUCCGCGGUGUCAAGAACAAUGCCGACCUCUGGGUGCAGCCCCACGCUCUCAUGCUGUACGGCUUCGGCGACGGUGGAGGUGGUCCCUCGGAGGAGAUGAUCGAGCGUAUGCGACGUGCUCGCGCUGUCAACAACAAUGGCUUCAAGGACAUGCCGCGUGUUCACAACGGACGUUCCGCCAAGGACUUUUUCGACCAUGUACGCAAGGUCACCGACAAUGGCAACCGCUUGUCGACGUGGCAGGGAGAAAUCUACCUUGAGUUCCACCGCGGUGUCUACACAUCGCACGGGUCAAUCAAGCAAUGGAACCGUCGCUUCGAGGCCUUCAUGCAGAAGCUCGAGUGGCUCGCCACGCUCGCCUCGAUCAAGGCUACCAAGUACAAGUACCCCAAGGAGGAGCUCGACGCCAUCUGGGAGCCUCUGCUGCUCAACCAGUUCCACGAUUGCUUGCCAGGUAGUUCCAUCCGCAAGGUCUACGACGACCUCGAGGAGAUGUACGCCGACAUGGCCAUCAAGGGCAAGAAGCUUUGGCGCCAGGCACUGAACGCACUCGGCGUCGGCGAGGAGGUCGUCGCAUCCAGCAAGAGCGCCAUCACCGCCAUCAACACCUUGGACGUUCCUCGCAAAGAGCUUGUCGAAGUCGAGCUGUCCAGCAAGAUGCCACGAGCCGAGGCCAUCGCCCUUUCGCACCAAUCCAUGCAGCUGUGCAAGGCUGGCCAAAGUGCCCUUUUGCUGCUCGAGGAUGCCACCGGUCGCGGCCACGCUACUGUCGUCGAUAGCCAGACAUCUGCUCUCGCCGAUUCGCAGGGCGUCAAGGCAGAGCAGCUCGAACACAACAGCUUCCUCCUCCAGAGCCCCGCCAUCGCUGUCAAGGUCUCCAAGGGUCGCAUCACCUCCAUCUACGACCGUCUCGCCGAUCGUGAGCUUAUCGAAGGCGGUCGCACCGCCGGUCUUGCCAUCUCCGAAGACUAUCCUCCUCAGUUCGACAACUGGGAGACCGAGCUCUACUCGCUCGACACGGAAGAGGAGAUCCCCUUCACCAACGUGCGCAUUGCCGAGGCGGGUCCAUGGCGUGCCAGUCUCGCGCUUGAAGCCAAGUUCGGUCAGAGCACCGUCCAGGUUAGCAUUGUCCUCGAUGCCGUUCCCGCCACGCCUCUGGUCGACAGCAAAGACGCACGACCUUUGCUCCGAUUCGACACGCAGAUCGACUGGUGGGAGAAGCACCGCUUCCUCCGCUUCAAUGUGCCUACUCGUCUCCGCUCGGACAUUGCCAGCUUCGAGACGCAGUUUGGUAUCACCAAACGUCCUACCACGCGCAACAACAGCUGGGAGGCGGCCAAGUUCGAGGUGUGCGGGCACAGAUUCGCCGACUUGUCCGAGGAGGACUACGGUCUGAGUAUCCUGACCGAGUCCAAGUACGGCUACAGCGUCGAGGGUGGCUUGAUGCGAUUGUCGCUGCUCAAGGCCGGUACCUAUCCCGAUGCGCACGAGGACGAAGGCCUGCACCAAUUUGCCUUUGCGCUCUACCCCCACGUUGGCGGCGUCGGCAAAGGCAAGGUCGUACAGGUGGCUCGCGUGUUCAACGCCCGCUUCGACGUCGACUACGGUCGUGAAUCGCGCAUCGACAUUGCGACGCUCGAGCGAAGCCACCCGGCCAACUCGGACCUCAGCAUGCCCAUCGAGAUCGUCGACUCGACCCGCGCCGGCGUCGUCAUCGACACCAUCAAGCGCGCCGAAGAGGACUUCCCCUACCACAACACCAAGGCCAAGGCGGACUCGUUCGGCAUCAUCGUGCGUCUGUACGAGAGCUUGGGCGCCCACGCCAAGCCGACCAUCAAGAUUAAGCUGCCCGUCAAGGAGACCAAUUUGACAAACUUGCUCGAGGACGUCGACGAGAGCAAGAAGGAGGAGCUUUUCUUCGGGACGUAUGUGGACGAAGAGGACAGCACGUACGUUCAGCUGGAGCUCAAGCCGUAUGAGAUCAAGACGAUCAAGAUCUCGCUGUAG